AUGGCUUCCAAACCUAGCAUUCUUCACCUGGGCGACCCACCUCGCUGGCAUGCAGACCUAUACAGCAAACUUACAACACACUUCAACGUCAUUACACCCACAGCAGCAGAACGUGAACGUCCCGAGUUUCUUAAGGCUUUGAAAGAGAAGCGAUGGGGUAACUUCAUAGCCAUCAUGCGACCUUUCUGGAACACUGGUGGAGAAGGCGGCCGUGUGGACAGAGAAAUGAUUUCGCUCUUCCCGGAAGGUGUAAAGGUGUAUGCAUCUGCUGGCGCAGGCUUCGACUGGGUGGACACCGAUAUCUUGGCCGAGAGAGGAAUUGUAUACUGCAACGGCGCAGCAGCAUCUUCAGACUCAGUAGCUGACUCCGCCCUCUUCCUCAUCAUCUCCACAUUCCGCAACCUCGCUUGGUCUCAGAUGGCCGCUCGUUCAGGAAACCCAGACGAACUUUUCGAUGCACACAAGCACUCUCCAACCACUGCCAUAAACCCAGGUGGCCGUAUCCUCGGCAUCGUGGGUCUUGGAAACAUCGGCUACCGCGUCGCUCAAAAAGCAUACCUCGGCUUGAACAUGAAAAUCGCAUACCACGAUCUUUUCCGCAAGCCCAAAUCAGUAGAAGAGGCAGUCGGUGCAACUUACUACGACACUUUGGAUGAGAUGCUGGGAGCUGCAGACUGCAUCAUCGUCGCAACACCAUUCUCAGGCAAACAACUCUUCACCGCCGAGAAGUUCAAGAAGUUCAAGCGUGGGAGCAGACUCAUCAACAUCGCUCGUGGACCUUUGGUGAAUGAAGCCGAUCUGGUUGAAGCCUUGAAGAGCGGUCAGCUGUCGGCAUGUGGAUUGGACGUAUUUGAGAAUGAGCCUCAUGUCAACAAGGAGUUGUGUGGUCUCAAGCAAGCUACUUUGACGGCACACACUGCUGGCGGCACUAUCGACACACAUAUUGGAUUCGAGGAAUUGUGUUAUAAGAAUACUUUGGGCGCGUUGUUGGAGGGUAAGGCUAUCACACCGGUGAAUCUGCAUUUGAUCAAGGCUGGAAAGAGCAAGUUGUGA